AUGGAUCUACUCCUACGAGAGGAGGCUGGGAGAGCCCAGGACAUUGCGGAAAUUCUCAGCACCAUCCGGACGAGCGAUCAGGAUCAUGAGCAGGACAUUACCCUGGCGAUCACGGGGCUGAACGGCUUGAGCUGGGCGCUGCGGGAGCUCAACAAUCAGAUCGACGCGGCGAACGGGAAGGUCACCUCAACCUUUGCGGGCGACUUGAAACUCCUUCAGCAUAGUAUCGCCUUCACCCUUCAAGACAUAUGGACGAUCCUGGGCAAGUUACCACGCGCCCCGAUCGCAGCGGACUACCAAGAUGCCUGGAAAGACGUCGCCCGAUAUUGCAUGAACAUGGGAAAGCAGACCCUCCACACACGACUAGAGACAUAUAAACUCUUCACCUAUUCAUUAUGCAAGGUCCUCUCAAGGCAGUCCUUCAGUCGACGGCACCUCGAGGACUUGCGCCUCGAGAUUUUCGAUCUCCAGACCCUCCAACGUGAAGAUCGACGAUUAAUCACAGCCUCAGAGACCUUCCCUACUCUUGCUAUGGUGCCAGUCCAGCAGGUGAUCAGACCCCUCCCGUCCCACGAACGGGUAAGACCAGAGCCUCUACGACCCAUGUCGCCAGCAACCUCCCAAGACAGUUACGAGACAUUUCAGCAACCAGCGGCUCCCAGUCCGCCACCCCUAUCUCCAGUUUUGCCUUCUUCGCCGGUCACCACGUUUUCCACUCUGAGUCAAACGUCCAGCGUCGACUCGGACACCAACCACUGGGCGACCAAAAUUUUCAGCAACUUGCCCAGUACUCCUCUCGAGGUGGACCCAAACUCAUCGUGCUGUUUCGGCGACGUCGAUAACCGGUACCGCCGGCGACCAGGCCCGGAAUAUGAGAGGAUCCUCCAACUAAAAUUUCCUGGCGGAUUAAGGACGAAGUUCUACUGGCGUGCUCGCGAUUACCGCACCAAACUCGUCUGUGAAUGGUAUGACCAUCGAAAGAACCCUCGGCAGUCUUGCUUUCCCCUCAGCGAAUUGCACAUCAAACGAUCUGGGUCCGCGCUAUACCUUUGCUGUCCCACCGUCAAAGGUGCAAGCACUUGCUGGACCAGCCUCAACUUCACGUCGUAUGAAUGGCUUGUCAUCUUUCAUUGCACCUUUCUAUCACUGCGUUCUCAUGACAGCACAUCGCUCUUCCGUAACAUCGACCAUGAUCUGGAUGGCGAAGUCCUCAAUUUCGCUGGGGCAAUCCGUGACGGCGGCUACCGCCAUGUCCUCCGGUUGUACCGUGACAAGAGGACGGAUGCCAUGCGUCUCGAAGCAUCUGUCCUCGACAAAGAGAUGAAGGACACACCCAUCUGGACGGCUUUCAUCACGCACAAAAUCACCUCGCCGAGUUGGUGUCGGUGGCCUAAGAACAGCUCCACCGUGUAUCUCGCUGAACUCCAACGUCAUGUCUUUUCUUCCGAAUACUCACCUCAUGUCCGCGCAAACGGCGAGCACCUCCUGGACUUCGAGGUCUUUACAGGUAGACUGUCCCGAGAACGUGUCCCGUACGCGAUAGAGGCUCACUGGUUUCGUACAGACGCCGAAGACUUCGUGAAGACAGUCAAAGACUUGCGCGAGGACGUUCGCAGACCGAAGCCGGCCAAAAACGUACGACUCCCUGUUGCUUGA